GAUUUGCGGAGAGAAGACGCCGUGACCGGUGGGCACCGUGUCCUUGGAGGGCGGCCCUUAUAUGGGCCGAGGCGACAUGCAUUGAACCCCCGUUCUGCUUUCCCUUCCCUCCGCCUCGUCGUGCUGAUCCUCAGCCCUUUCCACGGCAUUCGACCCCACUCUAAAGUCGCUCAGCCAUGCCUUCUGCUUCGACGUUGAUGGCAGCAGCCGUUGUCUUGCUCAAGCUUCCGAGCGCUGUCCGCGGUCACUGCGAUGUCUCGGACUAUCCCCCUGCCCAGGCUGCGCUAUCGCAGUUCCCUGGUGUCUGGGAGCCGGCGCUGCAGCUGCUCUCAGGCGACUCGGCGGCUUUGGCGCAUUUUCAUUCUUUCUCAUCCAGCAUCCCGAAUAUCCCUGUAAAGGGGAAAAACGGCGUGACUCCCUCGUCCGUGCUCAAAUCGUACAAUCCGAGCGACCCGGAUUGUUGGUGGACGUACUCCAACUGCGUCAAGUCGUCGAGGGCGGGAAUUUGGCCGGAUGUAGCGAGCGUUCCCGAGCCAGGAACUUUGGGAUACGGAUUUGACGAUGGGCCUGCUUGCGAGCACGAUGCGUUCCUGGACUUCAUGGACUCCAACAAGCAGAAAGCCACAUUCUUUUACAUCGGCUCGAAUGUCAUGUCGAUGCCAUUACAGGCCCAGCGCGCCGCACAUGACGGACAUCAGAUCUGCGUCCACACAUGGUCUCAUAUGGCCAUGACCGCGUUCGAGAACGAAGCCGCGUUCGCAGAGCUCUAUUAUGCCAUAAAGGCAAUCAAGCUCGUAACAGGCUACACCCCAAAAUGCUGGCGGCCUCCUAUGGGUGAUGUUGACGACAGAAUCAGAUAUAUCGCGCAGCAGCUUAAUCUGACCCUCGUCAUUUGGGAGUAUGACUCGAAUGACUGGCAAUUCGGGGAAGGGAGCAUGACCGCGGCACAAAUCGAUGCGAACUAUGAUUCGUUCAUCGCAGACGCCAAGAAUGGCACGUUCACAGAGGUCGGCGCAAUCUUGCUCACCCACGAACUGGACAAUUUCACGAUGCAAACCGCUGUCAAUUACUAUCCCAAAUUGAGCGCCGCAUUCAAACACAUCGUCCCGAUUGCCACUGCUCUGAACGUCACGCAACCCUACGUCGAGACGAACUUCACGAUGCCAACUUUCGCUCAAUACAUCGGCGCGGCCCCGGAACUAUCCGCUCUCCCGGCCCUGGCGCCGGUCCCCACCGCAUCGCUGGCCCUCUCGGCCGAACGCGCGUUCCCGUCCUCCGCCAGCGUGUCGGCGCCGAGCGCCACCUCUGCCCUGGCAGGCAAUUCGUCUUCGCCACCGUCGUCGUCGCCCUCCUCCACGUCAGGCGUGCCUUCGACGUCUCCGUCUCGGACGGGUGCUGUCGCGGCCCUGCUUGCGGGGGCUGUCGGUUGUAUCGGCGUCUGGCUCCUGAAAGAGGCUGCUGCUGGACUUCCUUGGCCCGCUCGAAGCUAUCGUGCAACAUUCAUUAUCAUGCUCAUCCUCGACCGCGACUCAAUGAUCGAAGCUCACAAUCGCUUCUGUCACAUCUGCAUUCGCGAAGCCGCGCUUGGGAUGCCUCCUCCUCCCGCCGACCUCCCGCCUGGUACGCUCGGCAUAACACUCCUGCCGCCGGCGCUUGCGCAGCAGGUACUCAUCUCGGAUUACGUCUGUGCGGGCUCGCUUGGGAUCGCCAUCUGGGACCUCCUCAACAACUGCAGGGCGGAGUACGAGCUGCUUACGCGGUCUCGCUUGCGGCUUCCGAUUGUCGCGUAUGUGUUUGCGAGGGUCUUCAGCCUCGCAUACAUCCUCGGGUUUACGCUGCUCGGCACAUACCCCCUCGGGAACUGCUCGACCAUGUUCCGCGUCUUCGACUCGUUUUACCCGGUCGCGACCUCGGCGACGUCGCUUUUGUUUUUCUUCCGCGUCCGCGGGGUGUAUGCGAGUGCGCUCGUCCCCACCAUCGUCUUCGGCACGCUGUGGCUCGGCGUGCUCGCCACGAGUGUCACGAUUCCCAUCGGCGGCCGGGCGAUUCCCAUCGGGCCCACGGACUACUGCCUGAUUACGAGCGUGGCGCCGUAUGUGGGUGCCGCGGCCAUCAUGGUCACAAUCCACGACACGGCCGUGUAUCUGGCCAUCUCGUACUGCCUGGUCACAAACACGCACAUCGUCCAGACGAACGGGCAGCUCUUCCGCGCGUUGAUCUGCGGAAAGUAUCUGCCGUCGUUCUCGCGGUCGCUGUUUGUCGACGGCCAGGUGUACUACAUGGUCUCCGUCAUCUCAAACAUCCUUGUGACGCUGAUGGUGUACCUGCCCGUGUCGCCGCUCUACCACGGGCUUCUCGCCGUGCCCAACAUGGCGCUCACCAGCGUCAUGGCGUGCCGCGUGUACCGCAACACCCGCCUCGGGCUCUCCCAGCGCCCGACGGCGCUCACCCUGCCCACGACAACGACGCGGAACCAGCACAUCGGUAACCACACCACCCUCAACGCCAUUCCGCUGCAGUUCUCCGGCCCGCCCGGGUCGGAGAUCGACACCGUCGACCUGGACGAGCGCGAGCAUGCGCAGCGGACGAAAGUCGAGCCAGAAACGGGUGUGGUUGUGCACAGCGAUCCUUGAUCACUCUUUCGCGCGCGCGCGCGCCCACUAGCCGAAACGCGUGAUGCGCCACAGCAAUGGACCAGCGGCGGAUCUCGCGCCACAUGCGCUCGUGUGAUCCGACUGACCGGAUGCCCGACGGACAUCUCGAUGGACUCACCCAUCCAUCCCUCCUCUAUCAUACUUAAUUGGCUUCGUCGUAUCGUCGCAUUCUUCGCUGUCGGAUCGCACCUGCAUAUUGCCGCCACUCUCUCCGAAAUCACGUGUAUCAUACUAGGGAUCAUCACAACGGGACAUUUUGGAACGGGGAACGGUACUUGUAGAGCUUCCCAGAACGGCUGUGAAUAAACUGGAACCAUCGUUUGGAUUCUCGCCGGACAUGCACCAGUGCUGAGAAUUGUGAUGUUAUCUUCCGUGCAUUCUGUUUGACUCACGGCCAGACUUCAUAGCGCUUUGUUGGAUGUGAGUGUUACUGCAAAUAAUAAACUAUUUUGGUCCAAGGACGCCUUUCCAAAACAGAGCGCACUUUCACCAGGGGGCUAACUGACCAGCGAUCACGCAUGCGAUGCAUUGGAACCUUCCCCCGAGUCACUAGAGUCCUUGACCAUCGACGGGCGACCCUUACUGCAGCCCUAUUGAUCCAAUCCGCUCUUCCUUGUUUUGAUCCUUAGAAGCUGGAAACGAAGUUCCAGAUGCUUUCCGUGAUCUAACCAUGUUACUUUUUUUCGUCUUCUGAGAGACAGGAAGCCAAAACGAUUCUGAAUAUAACAUCCAGCACGUUAUACGAUCGUAUGACGUGAGUCCGAACGUCUGAUCCUCCAUGAUGUCAAAGUGACCUUUGCAACUUGGCGUCCAAGCAACUGAUUCAAUCACUGUUGGCUCCAUGACUUGACUUCGUGCCUACUACUCCUUGUAGUUCCAAAAAAUUAAAUAGCCAGCGAGUGGUUUACCUGUCUGGGGUGUCCCUCCUGAGAUAGUUGUGCCGGCAUUCCCGCGCGCGGCCCCCGGGGUCAGCAGAACGGUGUUGAUAUAUUCAAUCUUAAUGCCAUGUCGGGAAAAUCAUCGCAAAGCAUGCAAGCCUCCAAGAGAAUUUUGAUCUCGUUGAUGAUGCCUGGCCAAAGAAAAAAGGUGCACGACGAACAAACGCUCGAACGUUGAACCUGUCACACGUGACUCGUUGCGAAAUGAAAC